GUGACUGGACUAUGGUAAUGAGAGAAGAGACGGUGCUCCUCUGCCUGCAGAAUUGAGUUUGACAGACUCAUGCUGGCACAGCUGCAGACAAGACAGGCUGAUUUGGGUAUCGGAUGGGUAAGACUUUCACACCUCAUCCAUCAAUCCUGCAUUCUGUAUCAUUCCACAAAGUGACAUUCAUAUGAAGAACCAUGCCCGAUUGAUUGUGUAAGAUGGCAUUGAAGCUGAAUACUCCUUGCUCCUCUAUGACAUCAUGGCUACAGUCUCUGCCCCCUCCUCUCCCUCUGUCCUCCACCACCUCCUUGAACUCAACUUCUCCUCCUGCCCCUGUCCAUCCAUCCAGACCCUGAAUGCCACCACACUGCCACCCCCCAUCAACCCUCCCUCCUUUGGAUUGUACUGUUUCACCAUGACCCUGGGUGGCCUCUCCAACCUAAGCGCCCUGGGCAUCCUGGCCAAGUCCUAUGUACGCUUCAGACAUCGGGCCAAAGCUCCGUUCCUGCUGUUAGUGGGGGCUCUACUGCUAACCGACCUGGCUGGUAAUUUGAUCCCUGGUGCCUUUGCCCUCCAUCUGAACCUGGGUCAGAGUCGGAGGCACAGGGUGGCUGCAGGAAUGCGUGACACCACCGAGCCUACCGGGAUGUUCUGCCAACUGUUCGGUGCCAGCUUGGUGUUCUUCGGCCUGUGUCCUCUAUUACUGGGCAGUGCCAUGGCCGUGGAGCAUUGUAUGGGCAUUACCCAACCCCUUCUCCACUCUGCCCUGAUCACAGUGGCCCACAUGCGUCUGGUUGUCCUCCUGCUGUCCUCCCUGGCCCUGCUGCAGGCCGGGCUCCCCCUGGUGGACGUGGGUAGUUACACAACCCAAUUCCCUGGUACCUGGUGCUUUCUGACAGUCCACGGGCCGCUCUUCACGGACGCCAGCCUGGCCCUCACCUUCUCCGGCCUGGGGCUCACGGCGCUCAGCCUCUCCCUGAUUUGUAACACCCUGAGAGGGCUGGCUCUGCUGCAGGCCAGGCUCAGCUCCCAGGGCAUCAGGACAAACACUACAGCAGCACCAGGACGAUAUGGAAGAACCUCCUCCUGUCCCCUACGCUCGCUGGAUGUAGAGAUGAUGGCCCAGUUGACAGUGAUCACGAUGGUGUCCUGUGUGUGCUGGAGCCCCUUUCUAAUCUCCAUCUCUCUGCUGGUGGGUCAGUUCUGUCGCGGCAGGCGAGGCUCCAGCCACACGGUACGUCAGUCAGAGAAGCUGGUUCUGUUGGGCCUCCGCAUGGCCACCUGGAACCAGAUCCUGGACCCCUGGGUCUACAUCCUGCUCAGACGGGCUGUGCUACGCAGGGUCUUCCGUGUCCUCCAACCAGACUCCAGGUCCACCCUGACACAGAGCAGCUCCUGCACUACAGCCUCACGCAGACAGGGGAUCAGACUACACUGA